UGUACAUGGAUUUUUAGACGGUUGAACGUAAAAUGGCGGGAACGUUACGAUAACCUAAAAACUUUUUAUCGUUGCUUAAAUUUUUUUCAAAGAUUAAUUUUCAAUUGUGAAAGUAAAGAAAACUGUAGUUUUGUUAUAAUUUUGGCGAUAACGCUUCGUUAGUUUUGUAGCAGUGUUAAAUUACAAUAUUUUCUCAUCAUCAUCAACUAACCUCUUCGAAUGAGGUAGCAUUAUGAAACUGUUUAACGAAUUGCGUCGGUCAGGCCAACGAUAACCCAAAGUUUUUAAUUAUCAACAAUGAAAAAGUUAAAGGAGGAGAAUUGUGCUAUUGUUGUGAAGUCAUAGACAAUUUCCAAUGUUGGAGCCGAAGAAUAUGCCAUAGACAAUGUACAACCUCCUUGGAGUGGCAACAGCGUCGGCUUUACUGCAAGUACUACUCUCUUAUACAGCUGUGAGCGGCGUCAGCUGGGAAGAAUGGUGGACCUACGACGGCAUUUCAGGGCCGGCGUUCUGGGGGUUGAUCAACCCCGAAUGGUCGCUAUGCAACAAGGGGCGGCGGCAGUCCCCUGUCAACUUGGAGCCAGAAAAGCUGCUGUUCGAUCCAAACCUACGAUUUUUACACAUAGAUAAGCAUAGAAUAAAUGGUCUUAUAAGUAACACUGGUCAUUCAGUAAUAUUCACUGUUGAAAACGAAACCCGGCACCAUAUUAACAUUACGGGAGGUCCUCUUUCAUACAAAUACCAGUUCCACGAGAUCCAUAUACACUAUGGGCUCCACGAUCAGUUCGGUUCCGAGCACGCCAUCAACGGCUACUCAUUUCCUGCAGAGAUUCAAAUAUUUGGUUUCAAUUCACAACUAUAUUCCAACUUCUCUGAAGCUCUUCACAAAGCUCAAGGAAUUGUCUCAAUUUCUUUACUGCUACAACUUGGAGAUUUAUCAAAUCCUGAGCUCAGGAUAUUAACGGAGGAGUUAGAAAAUAUAAAAUACGGAGGAGCGGAAAUGCCAGUAAACCGGCUGUCGGUCCGAGGCCUGCUGCCAGACACGGACUAUUACAUGACGUACGAUGGCUCUACCACCGCACCCGCCUGCUACGAGACCGUCACAUGGAUUAUUAUCAACAAGCCCAUUUAUAUCACUAAACAACAGUUGCACGCCCUAAGGCGAUUGAUGCAGGGGGAUGCGAGGCACCCGAAGGCACCCCUCGGAAACAACUUCCGACCUCCUCAACCACUUCACCACCGAGCCGUGCGGACUAACAUUGACUUUGACUUGAGCAAGUAUCCAGGCAAAACUUGCCCCAGCAUGCAUCGGGACAUGCAUUAUAAAGCUAAAACCUGGACACAGUAUUAAACAGCAUUCAACUACGGCAGGCAUUCAUAUAUUAUUACUGCUACUAGAAGCAGUUAUUAUUUGGAUAAUAUUAUUAGGGAAGUAGAGCCUAAGUACAUUGUAAAUAUCUCUUGUACAGUCUUGUUAAUAGAAUAUUGCUUAUCCGGUGAAAAUAAAUGUAUUUUAAAAUUAGGUUAUAUUAGGUUAAUGUAAUUUAAGCAUUUGUAACCAAAUUGUUGUAGAGCUGAAUUAUCUAUAUAACAGUAGCCAUAGAUAACUCUUGGAUAAAUAAUAUAUUCUAAUAAAAUGUUACUGUUAGUAAUAUUGUAAUUUAUAACAAAUAUUUUCGGAUAGAUUAUUCAAACUGCGUUGCGCUGUCAAUCAGUACUUAGUACCUUAUAGGGUUAGUUUAGAGAUAAAGUAAUUUUUAAAACGUAUGAGUAUUUAAACGGUUAUGUAUCCUUUACGAACAUAGCACGCAUUAUAGAAAGCUAAUUUAGUGUUAGUUAAUAUAACAUGUCAUAUCACAAAACAUAUUACCAUGUCAGUAUGAUAUCAUGUUAUUAUAAAGGAUGUAAUCGUAAACGGAUUGAUGUUUAAUAAUUAUACAUGUAUUUAACUAGGAUGUAACAUAAAAUUAUUGAUUUAAUAAAAUUAUUUACCCAUACGUAACCAUGACAUAGAAGAUUGAAAUGUAACCAUAUCAUUACAACAAUCGAUAUUGAA